AUGCAGUACGGCGCGAAAACGCAGCGACUGCCCGAAGGCUCCACGCAACUUCUCCUCAUUGAAACAUUUUGGAUUUUUAAUGUCAACAUUUUUUCGAAUCGUACCCUCAAUGAUUCCCUAAGUUUGCUGAUUUGCCUACUUCAUGUAGGCAAAACCAGGAACCAGGAGCAUCCCUGGAUCAGACGACUGAAGUUUGAUCCAGAGCUGCAGGGGAUCGAAGAGGUGUCAGAAGAGACUGAGAAAGAGGGGGAAAUGGCGUAUCAUACGGAAUCUCAGGACGAAAAUGAUUAUGAGGAUGAGGGAAGAGAUUGGAAAUCCAGUUGUGCAAAUCAGCAAGCAGAAGGAAAGGAGAAGAAAAACGGCACGGUUGAUGAUGCUGAGGACGGGGAGAAGGGAGACGAGUUUCUGGCAGAAAAUCUACAGUUUGAUGGAAAAUUUUAA